AUAUUGCAUGCUGGGAAUGACUCAGGCAAAAAGAAGAGAAACAUGGCCUCAAUGAAUGUUCCUGGAUUUCAAGAUCAGUUUUGGAGUAAUGGACCAUCACCAGGCGCUUUCUAUAACUUUCCCGGCAAUCCAAGUAGUUCUAGAACUGCUGAAAAAUUUUCACCGGCUAAGAGAACUUUGUGAGUAAACAUCUGGUUAUAUAGUAGUUAGUGACAAUUUUGCUCGACAGAGGUUCAUGUGCUUUACAAGAGAUUUUAGUUUUUAAUGAAUACGUUUAAACUGGUUCUAAGGCAUGAGUUUUUCUUGAUAUUAAUUGGCGUAUAAUUUUUUUCAUUGCGUCAAACAUUAGAUUGAUAAAGGAUUAAACCAAAGCGGUAAAUUUUGUAGAUGAGCUAGCGUGAUUAUAUAUCAAUCACACUGAUGAUGUUGUUCAGGACUUAUUCAUAUGCUUCUUUAAUGGGACCUAUUCAAAAACUAAAAAUACCGUUACACAAAAAUAAUUAAAUUUUUCAGUGGGAUCUACACUCUUGGGGAACGCACAGGUGUUUCUGAAUAGCAACAGUAACUCUCUAAGUGGUCAGUAGAAUAAUUUUCCUUAGCCCAAAUAAUUUUGCAUCGCCCAUCAACAUGAUUCGGUGCCCCACGUCAAUUUAGGCAUCAUGUAGUACCUCCAUGAUUGUAGCAUUUUUCAUACUGUAAAAUGUUCUUCAUAUUAUGAUAUUUGUCACAAUUAUUCUUUUGUCAGAUACCCCACCACAACUGGUACCUCUGUGCUUGGUGUGAAGUUUGAUGGCGGAAUUCUUAUGGCAGCAGACACAUUAGGUUGGUUAUAUUACACUGAUUUUGAAAUCUUAUUUAUUUAUUUAGGUUUUAUCAACUGAGUUGAUAAUGUGAAUUGACCUUGGUAGAGAGUUUCUGAAGCUGAUGUUUCAAGUACCGUAAAAACCUGCAGAUAAGCUGCACCUUUUUUCCAAAAAUCAUCACUAGAAAUUGGGGGUGCGGCUUAUCUGCGGGAACAUUUGAAAAAGGUGUUGUGAAUGUCGAAAUUUUCGCGUCUGAUCUAAUGCCUUUAGACUUUGGAUUUCUUUUGAUUUCUUUCAAAAACUUUUUAAAAAGAAAUUCCUGUCAAAUUUGAAUUAUAUGCUUAGUAGAAACCAUGUUCAUUAUAUUAAAGUGCUAAGAUUGUGGGUAAGACUAAACUAUUUUCCAUUGCAAUGUUAAUAGUGAGUUUAUGUUUGAUUAACAGUGGAUGAAGACUUCUCAAGACUCGACUUUGGAUUUUUUUUGAUUUCUUUCAAAAGCCUUUUUUUUUUCCAAAAAAAAAAUUCAGGGUGCUCAUCUGCGGUGCAGCUGGGUUUUAUCGGCCUUUUCUUAAAAAAAAAACUCUCUCUGAUAAAGGGCUGACACUAAUAAUGGUAGCCUUUAAGACUUGCUAUGGUGGUCAAUUUACAUGAUCAACUCAGUUGAUGAAAUCAAAUUAUCUUGUAUCACAUCCCACCAAUGCAGCACCACAGGUUCUGCAGGAAUGUACCUCCAUCAUCAUUAUUUUUAUUUAUUUACUUGCUUACUAUUUACAUACAAUAUUUCAUUCAUCAAUGUCUUGAUGUUAUUCCGUUUUUACUACUAUUCUUGUAAGAAAAUACUUUAAAUUAUAAUGCUGAUAAUAUUGUGUGCUUGAAGGAUCUUAUGGAUCUCUUGCAAGAUUCCGAGAGGUCUCAAGACUCACUGCUGUUGGCAAUAACACAGUUGUUGGUGGUUCUGGGGAUUAUGCUGAUUUUCAGCAUCUGAAAUCUCUUCUGGAUCAGAAAGUGUAAGUCUUUAUUAGUAUCACAUUGAUGGUAUCUAGAGAAGCUAUGAAUUUAUAAAUAAAGAGAUACAGUUAGAAUCUCAGUUAGAAUGUACACCAUGAUUGGUCAUUUUAUCAUAUCUCUCAGUUAGAAUGUGCACUAUGAUUGGUCAAUUUAUUAUAUCUCUCAGUUGGAAAGUGCACUAUGAUUGGUUAAUUUAUUAUAUCUCUCGUUUAGAAUGUGCAUUAUGAUUGGUCAAUUUAUUUUAUCUCUCAGUUAGAAUGUGCACUAUUAUUGGUCAAUUUAUUCUAUUUCUCAGUUAGAAUGUGCACUAUGAUUGGUCAAUUUAUUAUAUCUCAGUUAGAAUGUGCACUAUUAUUGAUCAAUUUAUUGUAUUUCUCAGUUAGAAUGUUCACUGUGAUUGGUCAAUUUAUUAUAUCUCUCAGUUAGGAUGUGCACUAUGAUUGGUCAAUUUAAGGAGCUAUAUUUUCACUGUGCAGCCUGCUAAAAUAAAUUGUUUGAUUGAAUUGAAAUCUUCCUCCUCUAUUUGAACCCAUGGAUGUUAAAAACAUUUUACGGAACCUCACUUUUCAUGCUCAGAUUUAUGGCCCACACACUUCUCACUGGGGCCGUAAAUCCAAGUGGAAAAAACCUUGGUCAAUAACUUAGAAUACAGACCUCAAACUCGGUUGGUAAGAGGUAUUGAUUUAGACAUAUUCUUGAACCCUUCUUAUGGCUAUUGAUUAAAGGCCUCUUAAGUUUUUACAUAUCUUUUUCCAUCCAGAUUAUCAAACAAUGUGGUAUUUGACAACCACCAAUUGUGUUUCAUCAGUUGAGCUGUUGUUGAGAAAUAAAUAAUUCUCUUACAUUGUAAUUGCAAAAUGAUUUAAUCCUUUUUCUUGAUUGCACAAUAAGAGAGCUGAGCAUUUCUUCAUUGUUUUUUUCAGUAUUGAUGAUGCCUGUUUAAAUGAUGGCCAUGGUUACACUCCAAAGUCCAUAUAUUCUUGGUUAACAAGAAUAAUGUAUUACAGGUAUUUCGUACUCUUUAAAUAACAUUUCUGGAUAAUUGUGUGAGAAAACACAUACUUUGGAAGAUUAAUCCCGAAGUUACUUCCUGCAGUUACAAGUUUACAUCUUUGUGUCUUUGUUGUUGUUGUUGUUUUUUUUUAUAUAUAGGCGCACACGUUUUGAUCCCCUGUGGAAUCAAGUUGUUGUUGGUGGUGUCCACAAUGGUGAAAGGUGAGCCUGUUGAUAAAUAAAUCAAGUUAUCUUUGCUGCUGUAGCUGUCUGUCAGAAGAUGUGUCUCAACAUAUCAAAUCGCAUACUAUAGGAACAUUUGUAUACGUAAGAAUUUAGAGCGUUUUCAUCCAUGUGGAAACAGCCAUGAUGAUUCAUUGCAACAAGAACCACUGUUUGAAUACCAUCCUUAUCAAUGUGGCUCCCUAUAGUAUAUAGAAAUAAACCUCCCUUCAGAGCAUUAGUAAUGAAAGGAAACCUAUAGCGUCAUUGAUUUAUCUCAAGUUUCCUUUAACGCUUUAACUCCCAGUUCAAAUUUGUUAUUCUCCUUACAGUCAACCAUACAGUUCUUAUAAAGUUAGUUCAGAUAAUUUAGCAUAGGAUUAACUAAUUAUCCCCAAAUUGAUUUUUUUUUUUAUUCUCAUCACUUAUCUGGUUGAUAUUGUGUUGAUAUGGCAAGGAGAAAUUCUGUCUUGGUCACUCAUGGGAGUUAAAGGGUAAAGAGAUUUACCAGUUUGGCUAGCAAUAUAAUAUUCUGUUCUAGGUGUCAAGUUUUAGAUUGAUGAUGUUACCAUGAAAACAUCUUUAAUGACAGGCAGAUAUAUUCCAAUUUUUGACCUAAAUACCUCUAAAGAUAUCUUGACAUUUCUUGAGUGAAAUAUCUUCAUUCCUAGCCACAUUGUGAAAAUUAUAUAGCCUGACCUUAUAAAAUUAUAAAAUGUAAGGUUGUUCAGACAGUUUUGCCAAUAUCCUCUAAUAUGUCAUAUUUCUAAAUAUGUUGGACUAGCUUUGACAGAUUGUAACAAAAAUAGGUCAUUUGAUAUGAACUGUAUGUGGUCAGGACUGAGUUAAUUAUUGAAAAAAUUUACUAAAAGAAAUGUGACAAAUCUCACUCCUUUUUCUUACCCCAAAACAUUACAUCAUAAAAUAGAAAUUUGCCAAGAUUGACACCUGAGCAUGCAUAAACUUUCAAAUCUGUCUUCCUUUCACAAUCUUUCCCCAGGUAUUAACUUUUCUGUUGACCUCUUUUUAGGCGUAGAAGGCCCAUGAACAUCAUGGGUAUAGUUGCUGGAAACCCUAGAGUCCAUUAGAAAAGCUGUAUUUUGAUACUUUUUUUAAACACCAUGUUUGUUUACUUGUUGACAUUUUUGAAGCUUGCACAAUGUAUGCAUCCAGAUCUUGGGCAGUCAAAAACCCUAUGAAGCCUCCCUAAAUGCUGAAGCGCUGAUUAAAUUUUGGGCAUUUCUCAUGUGGGUUUUAUUUGAUGGCAGUGUUUAUUUGAAAGAGGCAUUUAUUUCAAACUCUUAUUUCUUAAAUCACUGACAACAAUUGGGGUAAAGUGUAUCUUUAAGUAUCACGUAGAGUAGAAAUGUGCUUUUAGUUCAAAUCUUUCCCUUUAUUUUUGAGCAUGGUAUACUUUCCUGAAUUAUAUGCAAUUCAUUAUUUUUUUUCUUUCAAGCUUCAAGUAAAUGCAGCAUUCUUCUGGUUGGAUGGGGCAUACAAUUGAGGGGAAUGCCUACUGAUAACUUCGCAUCUGUCUUUGCUGGGUGUUAUCUUUUGGGUGGCAUGAAAGAAGUAAAUCCAACAAUUUAUGUUCUACCCCUUUCAUGGGUUGGGAUAUGGUGUGAACAAGAAACAAACCUACUCAAAGUUAAUCCACAAUGCUUUUUGUUGCUUGGUAACAUUAAAAAGUUUAAUGUGGCAGCUGAACUAAGUACUUCACUGUCAGGGCGUUUGAAUAAGCACUCUGGUGACCUAAGUUGUUUUUCUUGUGUGGUCAACAGUUUCCUGGGAUGUGUUGACAAAAUUGGCAUAGCUUUUGAAGCACCCACAAUAGCCACUGGGUUUGGUGCAUAUCUUGCCCAGGUGAGAAAUACAUGUAUUGCAUUUCAUGUUUGGUUGCUUGCCAAGCCUAUGAACAGGAGUGAGGCUAAGGGUGACCUUGUUAUGAUACAAACCUUGCUGCUUUUCAAAUUUAAAUUACUUUGUUAUCAUGCUAGAUACUGGUCUCUGGGGUUAAGGUUAGGGUUAGGGUCACCUUCAGCCUCACUCCAAACCAAAGGCUAGGCAACUACACAACUGUAAAAUGGCCUAUUCUUGAUAUGAAACAUUGAUUGGCCACCAGUUAGCAGAUAAAUAAUAAUGAUAAUAAGCAAUAAUAACUCAUGUAUAGAGGGGUUCUACCACAUUCCUUGUGCCUCACAACUUAUAUGUUUAAAUCAAGUAAAGCAGUGAUCCCCACAGGUGUGCUGCAGUUGUAGCAAUUGCAGAAAAGAAGCUUAAAAAAAUUCAGGUUAUAACACGAUUUGAACCUCCCAAGUACUAGUUGGAUGAUACUACCAACUGAGCUACCAAGCCACAUGUUGGGAACGAGGCAAAUUUUAGGUUUGUCUUCCUGUGGAGGAAUGCGAUUGCAUUUUCUUUUUUGAGAUUUGUUUCAUAACAAGCCUAAAGCAAUGCAGUCAGUGAUAAAGUCUACAUGUAUGUCAUUGUCUGAUGAAUUGUUUUCCUGUUGGAGGACUUUAAGCUUCAGAUUAUGUUAUAUACCACCUUGUUUUUUAAGUUUGUGUAGUUAUGUAGUAUUACUAAAGUACCUUGUGUAAAAUUCAAAUUGUUUUCAACAAACUGUACCUCUUUUUGGCCAGGGUAUGGCAUUGCAGUCUGGUGUCAAUUCCAAAGAUUUCUGUUUUUCUCCUUGUUUGUUUCCUUUUCACUUGGGGUCUAUAAAAGUCCUCCUCUAAAUUUACUUGUUCCAUCAUAGAAAAAUUCCUCUAAGCCAACUGGGAGGUGUGAAAAAGGAAUGCACACAUCGAAUAUGGAAUUUUCCUGCACUUAUCUGUAACUGCCAGUGCAAGGCCAGCCAAUUUCAAUGGUUGAUUUUGUUGAGGAAACUUUGUUGUCAGAUUUAAGUUUUGAUUAUUCUUGUUUCUGAUUUCAGCCAAUUCUUCGCGAUGCAUUUGAAAAAGAUCCCAGCAUGUCUCUAGAGGAGGCUAGGCAAGUGAUCACUAAAUGUCUGCAGGUGUUGUUUUACAGAGAUGCUAGGUCACUAAACAAGGUUUGUAUUACUUUUUGUACAAUGUUGAAUCUACAAGGUGUCACUUUUCGUUUGUGUCCAAAGUCAAAGCAGUUAACAAUGGAUGUUUAUUUGAUUACAGUACGAAAUUGCAGUCAUUACAAGUGAUGGUGUUGUGAUUGAACCAGCUACCAGUGCGCAAACCAAUUGGGAAAUUGCUCCAAUGGUCAAGUGA